AUGAAGACACUUCAUAGUGCUGCAGUUUUGGGUCUCAUUUUAUGCCAGUCCUCAUUGGCAUUUGGUCAAGUGGCUGUUCUUGAAGCCAGUGAAGAUGACCCAAAAACACCACUGAUUGUGCUAUCAAAUCCAAUUAGUCAGUCAACGAUUGAGGAGGCAGUAAAAUCUGAAAAGGAUGUUGAGACCACACUUAUUCCAGAAUUGGUAACUACUUAUCCACCAACAACUGAUGCAUCAGCAACCACAGAAAAGGUCAUUAAGAAGAGACCGAUGCCACCAAAGCAAAAACCAUUUCUGAAUCAUGGCCAAAACCAGGUGCUUCAAUUGCAGGACCUAUUGUCGUUACCUGGAAAUUGGGACAGUUCUCCUAUUGUUUCCAAUAGUCCAUUAACCGCCACCUUCACUGCCCCAAUGUCUCCUGGUCAAGCAAUGUUCUACCCAAUGCCCGUCUACAUUUCCUACCCCAUUCCCUUUGUGUUGUUAAACCAACCAAUGCAGCUGAUGAGUACUCCACUCAAGGACAAUGUCCAAGAUAAAAUCGCAAUGAGUUUCAAUGAAAUGAUGACUGGAAAUCUACUUAGGAGCUCUUUCCAACCAGAUGCUGGCAAUGAAUGGCACAAGAUAAUUAAGAAUCGGAUAAAGCCAACCAACCAAAAUGGCCAAAAAAAGUGGAGGGGGAAAUGGCGAAAGACAACGACUACUACGACAACAACUACAACCAAACAGCCAGAAAUCACAAAGCCAACAGAGCCGACAAGAAUAUUAUUGGAGAGCAGUGACAAUGAAAUAAAAUCUAAUGAAAAACAUGUCAGUAAUGAGACAACUGAUGCGACAAAGUAA